AAUGUCCCAGUCAUGCAUAUGCAUACAUAUAUUCAGUUUCAUAUUCUUUUUCAUUAAAGGUUAUUACAAGAUAGUGAAUAUAGUUCCCUGUGCUAUACAGAAGAAAUUUGUUUUUUUAAUCUAUUUUUAUAUACAGUGGCUAACAUUUGCAAAUCUCAAACUCCCAAAUUUAUUCCUUCCCAUCCCCUUUCCCCUGAUCUGGUCUGCUCCUGAGAAAAAAAUUAUCUAUUGCUAAGCACUUGGACACUUGACUCAUAAGAACCUUUUGAGACAGAUAUGUGGGGUUUUUUCAUCCCCAUUACAUGGAUGAGGCUUGGAGAGGUGGAGAAAUUUGUACAGAACUAGGAAGAGCAUCAAGGUUAGAAUGCAAAUCUUCCCACUCCAAAUUCAGGACAUGGGAGAUUUGUUCACAAAAUGGGGAUAGGGUGUCCUGUGUCCCAGAGAGUCGGGAGGCCUGUUGCAGGGAAGAGAGAGGCCUUUAGUGAGUACAUGGCGGGCAUUCUAACCCAGACAUUCUAAUGGAGAGUUCAUCUAGGGCAGUGGCUCUCAACUUUACCUACUCAGUGGAUCAGUUGGGGAGAUUUAAAAAAUACUAAUGCCUUAGAGAUCAGAAUGAACUGGUUUGGAAUGUCAUCUAAACAACUUUUGAAAGUCCCCAAGUGAUGCUGACUCUCAGCCAAGGCUGAGGACUACUGCUCUGGGGCAUGGAGUGUGAAUCCCACAGUGGGAAACUGAUAGAAGAUUUGAAAUGUUGGUCUCUGAAGUUGGGGAAGGCUGUCCUUGAGGAAUGGGGACAGGGUGUUCCUAAGGAAGGGAAGGAAAUUUUCCCGAGAAUUGCAAAGUUGUAUGCCAGGGAAUGGAGGAGAGUGUCAUUAUGCUAUCCAAGGAAGUUAUCUUGAGAGAAUGAAGAGCCUGUCUAGGAGCCUGACUAGAGGGAGACAGUCCAUUUGGGAAUAGGGUUCCAUGAGGCCUCAGAGCAGAGGAGGUAAAAGCAAGGACUUUAGGGGUCAAGUCCUAUUCGGCUACCAACCAGAUGUGUCCUCUUGGGCACAUUGCUCAGCCUCCCUAUGCCUCAGUUUUUUCAUCUCUAACGGGAGGUUGUAAUACCUGCCUCAUAGGGAUAUUGUCAGAAUUAAAUGAGAUAAUACAACUGUUGAGGAUGGGGAGUCUGUAGGUAGGAGCACUGGGGGUUAAGUUGGAGAAUGGAAGGUUCUGAGGAACGGUGGUGACUGCUGAUGUGGGGCAUGGGGUAGGGGAAAGGCAGAGAGGGCUGGAUCCAAAAUCUGUAAAAGUCACAGCGUGGGGCCUGGAGAUACCCUGCAGGGGCCGCCAGCCUCCAGGCUACAGAGACACGGGCGGAGGUGGGGGGACCAGCGGAGGAGAGGUUUGACUGCUAGUAACCUCUCAAGUGCUGCAGUAAGGAGAAGCCUCAGCCGUGGCAGCAGCGCCAGCAGCCUCCCCUCCCCUCCGUCACUGCUGUGUGACAGGUGGGAACUUAAAAGUUCAGGUCACGUGUCUCAGCUGGUUAACCUACUUACCUCUUGAAGACUGGGGCCGGGGCAGGCAGGGGCCAAGAGGAAUUGCCUGAAAAAGGAGCAGAGCAGGGGAAAGCCCCAAGAGUGCUCUGGGGACCUACGUUUGAAGGCUUGUGGGGUGAGGGAGAGAAUGCACACAUGUGUGAAAAGAUACCAAAGUCAGUACCUGGGAGCCCCGCACAUGCCCUGGCACACAUGUGCCUCCAGCAUCAGGCAUUGCUUGUCUUAAAGGGCCGAAUUUACCCGAGAAAAUAUUUCUACAGUUGGAGCAGGUUGAGCUCUGGGUACCAGUUUAACUUUGGAGCUGCCUGCAAGCUCUCCCAAAGCUGCCUCCCUUUUUAACUAGUCUCCUUACCCUUAGAGAGGGAAAGGAGAGACAUGGGGUGGGGGUGUGGAGAGGGAGGAGGAUGUCUCAAGACUCUUGCUUUCAGAGUCUUUUUAUGUAUUUUGGGGAUGCUCCAGGGGAAACCUGAAGUCAAGGGCCAGAACUGAGGGAAAUUGCUGGAGGGAGAAGUGCAGACAGGCUGACAGCUCCACAAUCCUUCUAGAGUGAUAAAAUUCUGCACCCCAAUCCCCCUCCCCCACCACCUUUGUCUAGUCUCUAAUCCAGGGACCCAUCUCCGCUGAGUGACUUCAGUUCUCCUCUCCUCUCGUUUCCUUGGAACGGCUCCAAGUCGGCCGUUCGCUACCAAUCUCCAGUCCUAGGUCCACAACUGCACCCGCUCUGGCCGCCGCCUCGCAGGCGCGGCUCUCUUGCCAUCCUCGCCCACCGCGAGCUGCGGGGCGGUGCGGGCCCUUUAAGAAUAGCGGGACCGGCGAGCAGCAGCCUGGAGAAGAGCACAGCCGCCCAGAGGGUUCCGAAGAACACAGCGCCGAGGACCGGGCUCAGGGAACCGAAUGUGCGGGGUCAAGUUGAGUCCGCGCGAGCCCCAAUCGCCCCUCCCCAAUCUUGUCAUCUCUAUUCUGACCUGAGGCCCGGGCCCUCCCCUGUCUCCCGCCCCACCCCGGCCCCGCCCCGGCCCAGCCGCCGGGACCGGGAGCCGGGACGCCGGUGCCGCAGCCGAAGGCAGGCCGGCGGCGUGAUGGCGGAGAAGGCGCUGGAGGCCGUGGGCUGUGGACUAGGACCUGGGGCUGUGGCCAUGGCCGUGGCCCUGGAGGACGGGGCGGAGCCCCCUAUGCUGACCACGCACCUGAAGAAGGUGGAGAACCACAUCACCGAAGCCCAGCGCUUCUCCCACCUACCCAAGCGCUCAGCCGUGGACAUCGAGUUCGUGGAGCUGUCCUAUUCCGUGAGGGAGGGGCCCUGCUGGCGCAAACGGGGUUAUAAGACCCUCCUUAAGUGCCUAUCAGGUAAAUUCUGCCGCCGGGAGCUGAUUGGCAUCAUGGGCCCCUCAGGGGCUGGCAAGUCCACAUUCAUGAACAUCUUGGCAGGAUACAGGGAAUCUGGAAUGAAGGGGCAGAUCCUGGUCAACGGGAGGCCACGGGAACUGAGGACCUUCCGCAAGAUGUCCUGUUACAUCAUGCAGGACGACAUGCUGCUGCCACACCUCACGGUGCUGGAAGCCAUGAUGGUCUCUGCUAACCUGAAGCUGAGUGAGAAGCAGGAGGUGAAGAAGGAGCUGGUGACGGAGAUCCUGACAGCACUGGGCCUGAUGUCCUGCUCCCACACGAGGACAGCCCUGCUCUCCGGCGGGCAGAGGAAGCGCCUGGCCAUCGCUCUGGAGCUGGUCAACAACCCACCUGUCAUGUUCUUUGACGAGCCAACCAGUGGUCUGGACAGUGCCUCCUGUUUCCAAGUGGUGUCCCUCAUGAAGUCCCUGGCCCAGGGGGGCCGUACCAUCAUCUGCACCAUCCACCAGCCCAGUGCCAAGCUCUUUGAGAUGUUUGACAAACUCUACAUCCUGAGCCAGGGUCAGUGCAUCUUCAAGGGCGUGGUCACCAACCUGAUCCCCUAUCUGAAGGGGCUCGGCUUGCACUGCCCCACCUACCACAACCCAGCUGACUUUAUCAUCGAGGUGGCCUCUGGUGAGUAUGGAGACCUGAACCCCAUGCUGUUCCGGGCUGUGCAGAAUGGGCUCUGUGCCAUGGCAGAGAAGAAGAGCAGCCCCGAGAAGAAUGAGAUCCCCGCCCCCUGUCCCCCUUGCCCUCCGGAAGUGGAUCCCAUUGAAAGCCACACCUUUGCCACCAGCACCCUCACACAGUUUUGCAUCCUCUUCAAGAGGACCUUCUUGUCCAUCCUCAGGGACACGGUCCUGACCCACCUGCGGUUCAUGUCCCACGUGGCGAUCGGUGUGCUCAUUGGUCUCCUCUACCUGCACAUCGGGGACGAUGCCAGCAAGGUCUUCAACAACACUGGCUGCCUCUUCUUCUCUAUGCUGUUCCUCAUGUUUGCUGCCCUGAUGCCAACUGUGCUUACCUUCCCUUUAGAGAUGGCGGUCUUCAUGAGGGAGCAUCUCAACUACUGGUACAGCCUCAAAGCGUAUUACCUGGCCAAGACCAUGGCCGACGUGCCCUUUCAGGUGGUGUGCCCCGUGGUGUACUGCAGCAUCGUGUACUGGAUGACAGGCCAGCCAGCUGAGACCAGCCGCUUCCUGCUCUUCUCGGCCCUGGCCACUGCCACGGCCUUGGUGGCCCAGUCUUUGGGGCUGUUGAUUGGAGCCGCCUCCAACUCCCUACAGGUGGCCACUUUUGUGGGCCCAGUUACUGCCAUCCCUGUCCUCUUGUUCUCCGGUUUCUUUGUCAGCUUCAAGACCAUCCCCACUUACCUGCAAUGGAGCUCGUACCUCUCUUAUGUCAGGUAUGGCUUUGAGGGUGUGAUUCUGACCAUCUAUGGCAUGGAGCGAGGAGACCUGACCUGCUUGGAGGAACGCUGCCCUUUCCGGGAGCCACAGAGCAUCCUCCGAGCACUGGAUGUGGAGGACUCCAAGCUGUACGUGGACUUCCUGGUCUUGGGCAUCUUCUUCCUGGCCCUACGGCUGCUGGCCUACCUUGUGCUCCGUUACCGGGUCAAGUCAGAGAGAUAGAGCUUUGCCCUGGCCUGCGCCCCAGCCCCCGCAGCAGGAAGCCCCCAGCCCCAGGCCUCUGGGACUGUUUUAACCUUGUAGACUUGGGCACUGGUUGCUGGUGCAGCCGCCCUCCCUUCUCUCAGAUCCUCCACAGGCUGGCUGUCAGACUGCGCCCCAAGCCUUGGCCCUGGGGGUGGGGGCGCCAGGGCCUCCCUUCCAUGCCCUGGAGUUUUCUCAAGUUGAUGCGGUUUGUAGCUUCCUCCCUACUCUCUCCAACGUCUGCAUGCGGAGACCACUAGGAGGCCGCCACCAUCCUUCCUGCCCUCGGCACCCUCCUCUGUUGUCUGCCUGGGAGCCCCAGGCUCUCCAGGCCCCCUCUUACAACUGACCAAAGUGGUCCCCUCUGGGGGUCCCCACCACACAAGUAUUUGUAAACUGGGCUGUUAUAAGGUUGAGGUUCCAGGGCUGGGCCCUGGCAGGGUCCCCUGGAUGUCCCAUUUGGACAUUGGAACAGAGCAGGGAAGGGCUCUGGAAGUUUCUUCCUCCUCACCUCUCCCUGCCCCCAGACCUGGGCUGAUUUGGACAAUCUGUUGGGACAGAAGCUGGGUUUUCUGUCUGGGUCAUCCCUCCCAAUCCUGGGGAUUGGAGAGGCCUGGCGCCAUGGGCUGUCCCUGUCACCUCCCUGUCACCUCUGGUGGGGGCCGGGCCUGUGGCAUCUCUGCAAUAAUGUCUGUGUGUCUCUCUCACCUGCCUCUGAAACUGGAGAUCGCACUUUAUCCUGGGGGGUGAGUAGGAGAAGACCCGAGCCUCCUUUCUCGCUGCUCACCAGUCCUGCAAUGCUCCGUCCCCUCUCCAGAGUUCCAGGCAUAUACAUGCGAACAGGCAAUCUUGGCCCUACACACACUCGCUGUCCCCCUGUGGCUCAGAGGAAGAGUGAUGGUGGUGUGUGGUGGUGGGUGCUGCGGGAGGGCAGGGCCAGCCCCCUCCUGGGGAUCCUGCUUUGACUCUAAGGAUGAGGCUGGUGCUGCCUGGGGCAUCUCUAGGAUCUGCAGGUGUCUAUCCCCCAGUCUUCCCUCCCUCCCAAGCUCAGGGUGGCACGGGGCACCAGCUCCCUGGAGUUCAGGACCCAACACAAGCACAAGCAUGAGCAUUAGUUGGACUUGGCCACUGCCACCCUAUGGCUCUUCUUUUGUGCGUCAAGCUGGCAUUCUCACUCUCCCACCCCUUCCACGGCCACUCGCUGCUCAUUCAAACUCUUGUCCUUGUCUCUCCACCUGCUUCCUUUCAGCCAAGGUGGUCCCUGGGCAUCAGAGCAGCAUGCCCUGGGCACGAGGGAGAGAGACACACUUAGAACAUGUCUAGCUUUCCUGGGAUGGUCCAGGCUCAUUCUUCUUCUGAUUUCCCCUUCCCCCAGGGCUCUUUUCCCUCCUUAUUCCUGUACACAUACCUUCCCCACCCUGCCACGGAUUCUCCCCAUCACACAAAGAUGCCAGUUGUAUGUGUGGGAUUUCACCCAUUAUUAAUAAAACCUAUA